AUGUCAUUCUUUGAGAAUCUGUUUCCAUGGCUUUGGUUUGGGGAAAUCAGAGAACAAGUCGGGGUUUAUUCAGACUCCUUUCUUCAGAAUCUUUCUCAAUCCAUGUCAAACUCCACCUGCGGUGGUGUUGAUGAAGAUUCUAAGGGAUGUCGCAAUGACUCCUUUGCUCUCAUCCUUAAAAUGGUGGCAAUUGCUGUCAUUCUCAUUGCUGGAGUGUGUGGUGUUGCCAUUCCAUUGGUUGGCAAGAAGCGCCGGUUCCUCCAAACAGACUCCAACCUCUUUGUUUCUGCAAAAGCCUUUGCUGCUGGUGUCAUUCUUGCCACUGGCUUUGUCCACAUGUUACCGGAUGCCACGUCUGCACUGACGAAUUCUUGUCUCCCUAAAUUGCCAUGGUCAAAAUUUCCAUUUUCCGGGUUCAUUGCAAUGAUUGCCUCAUUGGCUACAUUGCUGGUUGAUUUUCUGGGGACUCAGUACUAUGAGAGGAAACAGGAGAAUGAGAGUCCUGGUGUUGAGUUUGAUUCAUCGGACACGGUGUCCGAAUUAGGGAUUGUUCCAGUAGAGAAAAAGAGGGGGAGUGCAAAGGUGUUUGGGGAAGAGGAAGGGGGUGCAAUGCAUAUUGUGGGGAUGCAUGCACAUGCAGCACACCAUAGACACAGCCACCUACAAGAAGAGGGGGCAUGUGAAGGGCGCGUAAAGGAACAUUCAGACGGUCAUUCACAUUCACAUGCGAUUGGUGGUUGGGAUGAGGAAGGUGGUCUCAGGCACAUUGUUGUUUCACAGGUUCUGGAACUCGGAAUAGUAUCACACUCCGUGAUCAUCGGACUCUCUCUAGGAGUCUCCCACAAUCCAUGUACAAUAAAACCCUUGAUUGGGGCAUUAUCAUUCCAUCAGUUCUUUGAAGGGUUUGCUUUAGGAGGAUGCAUUUCACAGGCGAAAUUUACGAGCCUUCGUGCAACCAUAAUGGCAUGUUUUUUUGCCGUAACGACCCCAUUGGGAAUAGCUGUUGGAACUGGCAUUUCUUCGAUUUACAAUCCUAAUAGCUCGAGAGCUCUGGUAAUAGAGGGCAUCUUUGAUUCAAUAUCUGCAGGAAUUCUGGUGUACAUGGCUCUUGUGGAUUUGAUUGCAGCUGAUUUCCUGAGCAAAAGAAUGAGCUGCAACUUGAAGCUCCAAAUAGUGUCUUAUUUUGCACUCUUCAUCGGGGCGGGACUGAUGUCUUCUCUGGCCUUGUGGGCUUGA